AUGAUCAAGGAAAUGGCUCUGAAGAUGCUCUUUGCUGAAACCUCCUGGGUUUUGUUGGACUAUAAGUCAGGCUCCCUCAAUUCAAAUUCUAACUCAGUUGCCAGAACCUCAGUUUCCUCAUCUUUACAAGAGCUAACAUCCUUAUUAAUAGUGAAUUCAGAGUUUGUUGACUGGCGCAGAUUUUUAUUAGUAGUUUCACAGCCUUGGCCAUUGCCAUCUGAGGAAGAGCUUCUUGAGACACUGGAUAGAUUUAAAGCAAUUGAUAAAGAUGAAAAAGGCACAGUAACCUGGGAGCAGUAUGAUCAGGUUGGUUUGUGGUUUACAGGUGAUAUAGAUAUCAAAGUUCCAGAAGACCCAAAUGAACCUUUGCCAUAUAAUAGACCAGCGCAUCUUUUAACGUUUUUCUUUGACUUAUUUGCCGACUUCCGGAAAGAUCCACCAGAACUGGACUAUCUUAACAUGCUCCUUUACUUUGCAUGUCAUCCAAAUCCUGUGGAAGGGGUCUACAGAGCCCUGAGCCUAGCUAUUGGAACCCAUAUCUUUCGAAAAUAUGAAGUGGCAGCUCCACCUGUGGAACAUGAGCCGCCUCUCUCCUACAUUGACACAAAAAUCGAGGAGAUUCCUGAAGUAGAAGAAGAAGUAAAAGAAGAGAAAGAGAAAACAAUAGUUCCAGAAUUUACUAAUAAAGAGACCAUUUCCAUUCCAAUGCUACUAAAAAUAUUCCAAAGAAAAAGGGAAGCACAAGAUAACCACCGGUUUUUUGAGGAGGAAAAUACAGAGAACAUUUUUUCUGAGGGUUUCCAAAAAGUAUAUCGGGUGGUAGGGAGCAAGAAUUUGGAGCCAGUUGAAAUUGCUGUUCUUCUGAAGCACCCUUUCAUGCAGGAUUUAAUUUCAACGUAUAAAGAAUACAAAUUUCCAUCCUACGAAACGGCAGCAUUUUCCGAUAUGCCUGGGAGAGGAGGCAAUUCUAGCUAUUUUUCUUCUAAUGUGAAACUAUUUUGUCAGUGCACACGAAGGUCUCUGGCUGAUAUGCAAAAUCUGGUGGAGCAGUUGGAGAAAGGGGGCUGGCUGGAAGCCGUAUCUCACUCUUCCGGUAUGCAUGGAGGGUGUGGAGACAAUUCUCUGAAAGGAGGACUAGCUCCAUAUGUGGGUUUUGACUCCCUACUUGCUGGUCCGGCAGCAGACUAUCUAAGGAUCAGCAAAGAAAUCGCAGGAGAUGUUCAGAAACACGCUGAGAUGGUCCACACAGGUCUGAAGGUGAAACGCUCUCUUUUGGUGACAGCCUCUCAAUGCCAGCAGCCAGAUGGGAAUAAACUUUCGUCUUUGUUGGCACCCAUCUCUGAGCAGAUCCAGGAGGAUCAGGCCUUUCGGGAGAAAACCCGAGGCAGCAAAUUAUUCAAUCAUCUGUCAGUCAGUGAGAGUAUCCCAGCCUUGGGUUGGGUGGCUGUGGCACCAAAGUCUGGUCCGUAUGUGAAGGAAAUGCAUGAUGCUGCCAUGUUUUACACAAAUCGGGUCCUCAAGGAGUUCAAAGAUGUGAAUAAAAAGCAUAUGGACUGGGUAACAGCUUACCUGGCUAUCUGGACUGAGUUGCAGGCAUACAUUAAGAAGUAUCACACCACUGGGCUAUCCUGGACCAAAACGGGGCCCACAACAAAAGAACUGAGUGGCACAUCAUCAGGCCCUUCAGCACCUCCUCCCCCACCACCUGGACCACCUUCUCCACCCUUCUCUACUAGCUCCAGCUGCCAUGAGUCUGCCUCUCAGUCAGCACUGUUUGCUCAGAUUAAUCAGGGAGAGGGCAUCACACAUGCUCUGAAACAUGUUUCUGAUGACAUGAAAACUCAUAAGAAAAAAGCCUUAAAGAGCCAGAGCGGACCAGUGCUCAGUGGCCCCAAGCCUUUUACAGCCCCCAAGCCUGCUGGUGGUGCCCCUCCCAAACCAGCCACCAAGAAGGAGCCCCCAGUGCUGGAGUUGGAGGGCAAGAAAUGGAGAGUGGAAAACCAGGAGAAUGUUUCCAACCUAGUGAUAAAUGACACAGAGCUAAAGCAAGUGACUUACAUAUACAAGUGUGUGAAUUCUACACUCCAUAUCAGGGGCAAAAUCAAUUCCAUCACACUAGAUAACUGUAAGAAGCUUGACCUGGUGUUUGAUGACAUCGUGGAGAUUGUGGAGAACAAAAACAGCAGAGACCUCAAAGUUCAGAUGAUGGGUAAAGUGCCAGCUAUUUCCAUCAAUAAGACAGAUGGCUGCCACAUAUACCUGAGCAAGAAUUCUCGGGACUGUGAGAUCGUCAGUGCCAAGUCUUCUGAGAUGAAUGUCCUCAUUCCCACAGAAAGUGGUGACUUUAACGAGUUCCCUGUCCCUGAGCAGUUCAAGACACUGUGGAAUGGGCAGAAGUUGGUUACCUCAGUGACCGAAAUUGCUGACUAA